UGCUGUGGUGCUCGCAGACUGCCUCCGCGCCGCUGGAGGGGCCUGGCCUUUCCGGAGCGUGCUGUUAGCCAGGGAUACCGGAAGAGACCGGGCAGCGGGGGAGAGCUGCAGAGGGUGGCGGAGCCCGCCACGCACACCCAGGGAGGGCAGGGGGAGAGAGGGAGGCAGAGUUAAGCGAGGAGCGCGAGGAAGUGAGCUUGGGUCCGACUUGAGCUCUGGCUCAAGACCGAGACUGGUGGGCCAGGACCCCAAGCCGGCGUCACACCCCGUCUGAAGAAGACAGGCGGUCACAUGGCUUCGCCAUUCCUGCCUGCGGGAGCCACUACGGGCGACAGCGGCGGAGAGCUGAGCUCGGGGGACGACUCCGUGGAUAUGGAAUCUCUCCAGAGCCCGGAGACCGAGGCGUCCAGGAGGCUGACAGAGCUGUUUGAGAAGGCUGCCGCGCACUUCCGAGGCCUGGUUCAAGGGGCCAGCAGGGAGCAGCUCUUGUACCUGUAUGCACGGUACAAGCAGGUCAAAGUUGGAAAUUGCAAUACUCCUAAACCAAGCUUCUUUGACUUUGAAGGAAAGCAAAAAUGGGAAGCAUGGAAAGCACUUGGUGAUUCAAGCCCCAGCCGAGCAAUGCAGGAGUAUAUUGCUGUAGUUAAAAAAUUAGAUCCAAGUUGGAAUCCUCAGUCACCAGAGAAGAAAGGAAAAGAAGCAAAUACGGGUUUUGGUGGGCCAGUUGUUAGUUCUCUGUAUCACGAAGAAAUCAUCAGGGAAGAAGACAAAAACAUAUUUGAUUACUGCAGGGAAAACAACAUUGACCAUAUAACCAAAGUCUUCAAAUCAAAAAACGUGGAUGUGAAUAUGAAAGAUGAAGAGGGCAGAGCUCUACUCCAUUGGGCUUGUGAUCGAGGACAUAAGGAACUAGUCACAGUCCUGCUACAACAUAGAGCUGAUAUUAACUGUCAGGACAAUGAAGGUCAAACAGCUCUACAUUAUGCUGCUGCCUGUGAGUUUUUGGACAUUGUUGAGCUGCUGCUCCAGUCCGGCGCCGACCCCACAGUCCGAGACCAGGACGGCUGCCUGCCGGAGGAGGCGACAGGGUGCAGAGCGGUCACUUUGAUGUUACAGCAGCACACGGCUGGCAAGGCUUAAUCAAAAGACUGGAAACCCACAGUCUAUAACAGCACAGGGCUUCAGUGGUGAAAGAAAACUUCAAAAAUAACACGUCUUUUGCCACCCCUCUUUGGUAUACACUGGCUAAUAAAAUCAGUUGUGAGAAACUGG